CCGUCCAAUGACCUGCCCGUCCAAUGCUUCAGGAAAUAGUACGUACCCUUUCCCCUCGACUGUGUCUCUUCACUGCCAACUCCGUACCGACUCCUCAACCCAACUUCAUCCAAGUUGCAUUCUAAGCUUCGUUCCCAUGCACCCGUCUCUCUUUUUCCCAACUGGACGGAGGACGAGUGCGAUGCGGCACCCUCUCAAAUCCCCACAACCGACCAUUCACCGGCCAGAGUCUCGACAGUCGAUAGCCACCGUCCCGGAUUCCCCCAGCCGUCCGCCAAUGUCGCCUCCUGUCUUGCGGCUAUCCCUGGUCGAACCCAUGAUCCCGGUCCUUGUCCUGGUCGCCGGACUGGAACCGCAUCCUCGUCCAACUCUUGGCCCUGGCUCGCCAGAGCUAGGGUCCCCCCCUAAGCCCAUCCGUUUCCGCGCCGCCUACGGAUACCUACCUACCAGACCACCCCAUCGAUACCUUUCUGUGCUGCUCGCCCAAAUCUUCCAAACGAAUGCUCUCCCUCCCAUCCGUUGGUCUCUCGUCCCUUUUACAGCCAAAUCUGCUGACCGAGAAAAACGUCUCGAAUCCUUUUCGGCCAUCAUCCACUGAUCCAGUCUGGUAUUCGCUUACCAUUCUCUCGCCCUUCGCGUCCAACAAGUCGCAAGGCCCCAAUUUCUCUCCCCCAUCCAUCACAUUGUCCGACGUGGGGCCUGAUCCUGGUCUCUCCUCGACAGGACAAGACAAGACAACACUGCACCUGGUGUUUUGCGGAUGCCGCGUGCUGAUGCUGGUCGGCCCUGAUCCUCGCUCGUCUUUUGCUCUUUUCCUCUUCCUCUCCUCCUCUCUCUCUUCCUUCUUCGCCUUUCCUCCUGAGCCAAAACCAUCGUACCUUCACAGCGGUGCGUUUCGCCAGACGGGCAGAGCGAACAGGGAACCUAGACUCCCAUCCCAGCAGUGUGCAGAUACUGUACAGCCUCUCGGCUCCGUUAUCCACCCCUUCUCUGGCACCGCAAAUCGACUCCUGCAACUGCGGAUUGGCCCUGUUGAGUUGUCCGCAGCUUCAUAUACAUACCUGCCAGCAACCCCCCACCACCCACCGUCGCCUUGCCUUCUUCUUCCCUUCACCAUACCUGUGCCUCGCUCUGGUCGCACUCCCAACACCGCACACCCUCCCACGCCUACGCCUACGCCUAUCCGACACUGGCCUGAUCCGACCGCCAACGUUUACUCACACAUCACCAUUUCAUCCGUCUCGCAUGCCAGACGACAACAUAGUCGACGCCAUUCUGUCUCGAACCUCAAUCGUCCCGCUGAUCGUUCCUCCCGGUUUCUGGGUGCUCCCAUCAGACUAAGUUCGCUGGUGCCAACCUCGACAAGGAUCUUCCCGGCUCACUUCUAUUCACGCCGACACACCUGGCCGCUCCGAUCCAUCAAGCAAAAGCCCGCACUUUGUUUGUCGCCGACAACGAUUAGACCGUGUCUCAACCGCGCGCCUUCGACCAGUGGUCUGGACAGCGAAAAAGGAAAGGGAACGAGGCGUCUCUGUUCUGUUACGAGGAUUGUGUAGAGACGUUUGCCCACGUUCGUCCGCCAAGCAGCGAAGCGCCAUUGGGCAAGA